AUGAAGGUGUUCCACCGCGAUGUCUCUCUGGUUGCCUGCUUGGCCGAGUUCGUCGGCAUGACUCUGUUCGUGAUAAUCGGCUGCGGCAGUGCUAUGGGCAUCCAGGGCUCUGGCAGUUCAGGUGGCAGCGGUGGCGACGGAGACAGCACCAGCGGCGAGACGACCUCCAUGAUUCCGGGCUGGGUUCUCAUGGUGGCUUUGGUGUUUGGCCUUUCCAUCACCACCUUGGCCUACUCCAUCGGACACUACAGCGGCGGCCACCUCAACUGCGCCGUGACCCUUGGCCUGGUCCUCACCGGCAACUGCCAUGCGCUGCAGGGGCUUUUCAACUUCGGGGCUCAGAUGAUGGGCUCCAUCCUUGGCGCGGCCAUCCUCUGCGCCAUCUUCCCGCCUGAGCUGGACAUGACGAAAACCUUAGGAGCGAACAGCGUGGGUUUGAAGUGGAACUGGUGGAAUGCACUGAUCGGCGAGCUCGUGGGCACCUUCCUUCUGGUCUUCGUGGUCCUCCAAACGGCCUGCAAUCCAAAGUCGGCCAUGAACCGCAGCCAGGCCUGCUUAGCCAUCGGCCUCGCCGUCUUCAUGGCCCACUGUGUGCUGAUCCCCAUCGACGGCUGCUCCAUCAACCCUACGCGCUCUUUCGGUCCGGCUCUACUCUCCUUGAGCCGCAUGGAGGCCCCGAAAGCCGUGGAGCCCGUGGCCACGAUGGUGGGCGAACCAGCGCUUGGGGAGGUGGCCCCGAAGGCAGCGCCCGAGGAGGAAGCCGCGGGGCCCGGCUACUGGCGCAGCAUGUGGAUCUUCUGGGUCGGCCCUCUCCUCGGAGCAUGCCUGGCCGCGGCUGUCUACAAGGCCAUGCUCAUGCUGGACGCAGUCCAUGAGGAGCACACCUCGAAGCAUCACCCAGGCUACAAGCGCAGGCAGACGCUCAUAGAGCACGAUCCGGUGGCCGCCGGUGGACCGGUGCUCCUGGGCAGCAAGCAUGGCCAGAAGGAGGGCAAGGACGUGGCUAGGGCGUCCGAGGCCCUCCAGGAGAGCAGCGUCUAG